AGCUAUCUCAUUUUAAGUGUACUGGCAUACAUAUACAUACGACGCGUCGUAGCUGAGAAAUGGAUUUGAUAUGAUGUAACGAAAGAGGUUAAGUUUCUGGAGUGACAACAAUAAUUUGACAACGAUAUAUAAAUAAUUUUUAUUUUAACAAUAUAUUUGUUUAACAUUUUUUUUUCGUGACUUGAUUGAAAAAAAUGGAAAUCAAGACAAAAAGUGAACAUUUGGUGGCCUUGAAAGUAAUGAGAUUAACACGACCUACCUUGGCAAAUCCCAUGGUUGUCACAUGUGAUUCUACAGAUUUGCCAGGCAAUACAUUAAACAAUGAACUUAAAAAUGAUUGCACGGCAUUGCAAGGUAUGGAAGUGCUAGCUAUAGGACAAUUUAUGGUACUGCCCCAAAGCUUCGGAAACAUAUAUCUAGGAGAGAUAUUUUCCAGUUACUUAUGUGUUCAUAAUGGCAGUAAUCAAGUGGUGAAAAAUGUUACUGUAAAAGCAGAUUUACAAACAAGUACGCAAGUAAUCCCACUCUCCAGUAGCAAUUUGGAAGGGAAAGAAUUAGCGCCUGACAGUACAGUGGAUGAAGUUAUUCAUCAUGAAGUUAAGGAAAUAGGUACACAUAUAUUAGUUUGUGAAGUAUCAUACAUUAAUCAGAUUGGACCUCCAUUGUCAUUUAGAAAGUAUUUCAAAUUCCAAGUGGUUAAACCACUGGAUGUGAAGACCAAAUUUUAUAACGCAGAGUCGGAUGAGGUAUAUCUCGAGGCACAAAUACAAAAUCUAACAGCUGGGCCAAUUUGCUUAGAAAAAGUUGCCCUUGAAUCAUCCCAUCUAUUCAAUGUGACUACAUUAAAUACAAACGACGAGGGAAAAUCUAUUUAUGGAAGCGUGAAUUUAUUAGAUACAGGUUGUAGUAGACAAUAUUUAUACUGUUUAAAGCCACAAUCAAGCUUAUUGAAAGAUCCGAAAAUGAUGCAAAAUGCUACUAAUAUUGGCAAGUUGGAUAUUGUGUGGAGAAGCAAUCUAGGAGAGAGAGGAAGAUUGCAAACGAGUCAGUUACAAAGAAUGGCACCUGAAUAUGGAGAUCUCAGGGUUAUCAUGAAAGAUGUUCCUUUAAAAGUUUAUCUUGAAGAAUCAGUUAAUUGCAUAUGUCAUAUAAUAAACACAUCAGAAAGGAGUAUGGAAUUAUUAUUGAGUUUAGAAUCGAAUAAUUCCAUAGCUUGGUGCGGAAUGUCCGACACAACAAUCGGCACUCUGAAACCUGGAGCUUCUAUGGACAUACCUCUUUGCUUCAUUAUACUAGAUACAGGCAUUAUCACUAUUUCUGGUUUAAAACUAAUGGAUACAUUUUUAAAGAGAGUUUAUGAUUAUGAUGAUCUAGCACAAAUUUUCGUUAAUUAAUGAAAAAUAAUAAGAGCACUUUUAUUAAU